UUGGGAGUUGUGAAUACGUGUACUUUCUGGUCACAUCUAACCAUCUACUCAGUUUGUUUAAGGUUUAAUUUAAGUAACAUUACAUUUUGUUCGUAGCGCUGAGUACGCGGGGUUCGUUGUCUCAGAUGGCGACAGUGGAGGAACUGAAGCUCCGUGUGAGAGAGUUGGAAAAUGAAUUGAUAAAGUGUAAACAGCAGCAGCACAAUUGUGCCGUGGAGGAUGCUCACAGCCAGGUACUUUACAGACCGAAAAUCGACAAAAUGAGCGCCGAAGUUGUGGAUUCCAACCCAUACAGUCGUCUAAUGGCAUUGAAGAGGAUGGGCAUCGUGGAUGAUUAUGAGAAAAUCCGGACCUUCACAGUAGCUGUGGUCGGUGUUGGGGGAGUGGGCAGUGUGACAGCUGAAAUGCUCACUAGAUGUGGCAUUGGUAAGUUGCUCCUCUUUGACUACGAUAAAGUAGAGCUGGCCAAUAUGAACCGACUGUUCUUCCAGCCACACCAGGCAGGCCUGAGUAAAGUGGAAGCAGCUGAACACACACUCAGAAACAUCAAUCCAGAUGUGUCGUUUGAGACUCACAACUAUAACAUCACCACAAUGGACAAUUUCACACAUUUUAUGGACCGCAUCAGUCAUGGAGGGCUGGAAGAAGGGAAGCCGGUGGAUUUGAUCCUAAGCUGUGUGGACAACUUUGAGGCCAGAAUGGCCAUCAAUACAGCUUGUAAUGAACUUGGUCAAAUCUGGAUGGAGUCUGGUGUGAGUGAGAACGCUGUAUCUGGACACAUCCAGCUCAUCAUCCCUGGAGAGACGGCCUGCUUUGCUUGUGCUCCUCCUCUGGUGGUGGCAGCUAACAUCGAUGAGAAGACCCUAAAGAAGGAUGGUGUCUGUGCUGCCAGCUUACCAACAACAAUGGGUGUGGUUGCAGGCAUCCUGGUGCAAAAUGUCCUCAAGUACUUGCUAAAGUUUGGGUCUGUCAGUUAUUAUCUUGGCUACAACGCCAUGCAGGACUUCUUCCCCACCAUGACUAUGAAACCCAACCCCCAGUGUAAUGACCGCUACUGCAGGGUACAACAAGAGGAGUACAAGAAGAAAGAAGCAGAGCAGCCCAAGGUGGAAGUUGUACAAGAAGAGGAAGAGAUCGUACAUGAGAACAAUGAGUGGGGUAUUGAACUAGUAUCUGAGGUCACUGACAAAGAGUUAGAGGCUGCAUCAGGCACUGUGCCUGACCUCCCAGAAGGCAUCACUGUGGCUUACACCAUUCCAGCUGAGGAUCCAGUUGGCGGGGAGAUAGUGGAAGAGACUGAAAGGAGCUUAGAGGACUUGAUGGCUCAGAUGAAAAAGAUGUAGGUAGCCAUCUGAAGAUCCGAACAUUAUCUGAACAUCUGAAGACAACUUCUCACUCUAUUCCAUUGAUUUACUUGAUAACAAGCAUCUUGUGAUGGCCACUUGGGGGCUAAAAAGCAAAUUAAUGUCAACAACUUCUAGCAACUACAGAAGGUAAAAUGCAUGAAAAGUGCUGCUGAUGGCACAAAAAUGCAAAAUCAGUCAAAUGUGUAAUUUGCUGAUGUACUGGAAAGGUGUGUAGCACUUGGAAUUGGAACAAUCUCUAGUUAAACAUUUAUAAACCUAGAAUAAUAUCACUGUUAGUGCAUUAAUAUGAAUGCAAUGUGUAUAUUCUAUGGUUUAAUAAUGAGUGCGUGCACCGACCUUUAAUGUAUGUGCUCUGUCAUUCACUCAGCUUCAACAAAAUAUCUGCUGCAACAUUACUGAUCGACAAUGUUUACUUUGUCUCAAUAAAGUAUUUAUUAGAUGGAA